GGGUAGAUAUAAAGCUGUGGUGAAGCCUGUUGGCAUUGGAUCAGAACCGUCACAGUACUGCUACCCAGUACUGACAGUUCACCCCUCACCUUCCCGCCAGUCCCGUGCACCUCCACCGCCGUACACCCCUCUAUGUAGACCCACCAGGAACUCCACCAGGAACCAGCACUCUGUCCGAUUGGUGAUGUGAUUGUUGUUUUACAAAACAGUCUACCUGCUGUGCCGAGCCCAAUGGCAACAGCAGAUGUUAAGGUCUCUGAAACUACUACUGUUUAGUCAUAAAUAGGUAGAAAUGUGUAUGCAGCAUCAUACGUAUGUGUAGGAUACCCAUGACUGUGUGUCAUUAUCCAGCUAGACUUGGAGAUUUAUACAGUGUGUAUAAUACUAGUCAGGAAGUAACACUCAUAGUCCAAGCAUUUGUGGGAUAUUGUUUUCCUGUGUUGGUGUUUAUAAAUCUGAUGUACUGAGUAAAGAGAGGGGGGAGGAUUUCCUGAGGUUUAAAGUCUCAGGGAGGGCAGAGACAUCUAAACCUGUGACUCUACCAGCCAGGACAGAAGGCCCCUACUACUUCUCUAUAGAAAACAGAUGUGGUACCACUUCUCUGUGUAAACUUUAACUCAGACAGGACUGGUUACAGUCACAUGUACAAGUCCUUCUGGUGGUGCUAACAACUUCACUUAGGAUAUUAUUUACAACACAUCGCUCAAGUGUUAUUUUCAAAACUGCAUGUACUCGAAUGCAGGGAUUCAGGAUGAAUUAUUUUGGAUGAUUGUGCCAUUUUGUAUCAGGUUUUGAACUUUAGAAGUGGAUUUUACGUGCAAUUGGUGAACGGCUGCCACUCAAGGUCAGAUCCAGUGUUACAACGACACUAUGCCGGAGAUCGAAAACUUCCACCGAAAGCACAGCAUACAUAUUCGUAACCAGUUGAACGAACAGUUAAGAUGCCUAGAAAACAGAUUAGAAAUUCAAGUUGCCAUGGUGACAGAGAUACAAGAUUUUUUCCGGAAAAAGGCUGAGGUAGAAAUGGAAUAUUCCAGGAGUCUGGAUAAACUUGUCAAAUCGACCAAGUUCCGACACAAGCAGGAGAAACAGAAGAGGGAACACUGGUCCAUGUUCUCCACUAUGUCAUGUUGGCAACAGUUACUGGACAUCACCAAGAAAGAAAGUCGCGACCACGGAAUCAUGAGCGAGAUAUGUAACAACCAGCUUGUCCAGAGAAUGGGCCACAUCAUCGACAACUCACAGAGGAUCUACCGCAGGUGUCGAGAUAUUGGUGUGGAAAGUCAUGAAGACAUAAUGAAAACACUUACAGAAUUACAAAGUGCUAUGAAGACAUACCACACGUACCAGUCAGAAAGUAAGCAGGCUGAGGCCAAGCUCAAGGCUGUGGAGACUCAGAAAUCCAAACUGGAGGUCCAGCUCUCAGGCAAAAAUGUCUCAAAUAACCGCAAACUUAAAAGCUUUAUGCGUCAGACGGAGAAGAGGCAAGCCAAAUACUCCGAGAACAAACUGAAGGCCUUGAAAGCAAGAAAUGACUACCUUCUCUGUAUAGAAGCAGCCAAUGCGGCCAUCAACAAAUACUUUUCCGACGACAUAUCAGACCUGAUGGAUUGUAUGGACUUUGGAUACCAUAACUCGGUGAAGAACUCCAUGCUGAUGUACCAGAACCUUCACAAGAACCUAAGUAGGUGUCACCAGCAAAGUGUCGACAUCGUUCAGAAAUGUGUGGCCGAGCUGGAUGCCCAGUCAGACAAACAACGCUUCAUUGAGCUCCAAAAUGCUGCCUUCAUGCUGCCAAAAAAAUUUGAAUUUCAGCCGUGUAGAGGGGAUGAGGUCCAACAAAUUAGUGCUCAAAAACCGGUACAGGAUGAUAUCCUCCAAAGACACCGUGCCAUACAAGAACGUCUUGUCGACCUCCGACUAGAAAAUGAUGAGACGUGGAAGACUCUGGAGGCGACGGAGAAAUCACUUAACGACAAAAUCAAUGUGGCUGACUAUGACGUCUCAAGCUUCUUUCUGGACGAGAAUCAACCACCACGCUCACCUCACGAAGCGGCCAAGCUCCGAGGGGACCGAGUGGAGGUGGAGGGCUUCUACUUAGAGAAAUUCCGGUCCUACACAUUAAGCUGUAACAGAAUUUCACGACUCCAGGCCAAACAAAGUGCAAUACAGAAAUCUGUGGGCGACAAUCUGUCAAACACUGGGCGACCACCGUCACUACCACCAAAGCCAAAAAAGCGAAGGAUAGGGCGUAGUCAAAUGGUAGGACAACCCAAGUUGUUUGGGGGCAGUCUGGAGGAAUAUAUAGAGGCUACUGGUAAUGAUAUUCCACUGAUUAUCAGGAGCUGUAUACGAGCCAUCAACCUUUAUGGUAUGCACCAUCAAGGUAUAUUCCGUAUCUCAGGUGCUCAGGUAGAAAUCAACGAACAUAAGGUAGAAUUUGAAAAAGGCCACGACCCCCUGGUCGACGUUGACCCCAGUGACAUUAACUCGGUGGCAGGCGUGCUGAAGGCGUACUUUAGGGAGCUGAGAGAACCCCUCUUUCCACUGCCACUAUUUGAUGAGCUCAUAGACGGCAGCAAGCUUGAUGACCAACACCGAUGGGAGAAGAUCAAGGAACUCUUGUCCUCACUGCCACGUGCUAUUCUCAUCGUGAUGAAGUAUCUCUUCUCCUUCCUCAACCAUCUGUCUGAGUACUCCGACGAGAACAUGAUGGAUGCCUAUAACUUGGCCAUCUGUUUCGGCCCCACACUCUUACCCAUCCCACCAGACCGUGAUCAGGUAUCGUACCAGAGCAAUGUUCAUGAGGUCAUCAAGACCAUCAUCAUCCACCAGGAGGAUAUCUACUCUAACUACGAAAACUCUGUCGUCUACGAGAAGUGUAUCCUGGAGACAUCUCGGGAUACCACAGAUGAUGUUACAGAAGACGAGGAUGAAACAAGCUCAAUACGCAGCAAUGAGGAUGAAGAUGAUGAUGGCUCUGCGCUAGAUUCAGAAAUCUUUGAAGCUCUAGCUCUCUUUGAUUUCACCGGGCGUACAGAGCGGGAGCUUUCCUUCAAAAAGGGAGAUAACUUGAUAAUUUACAACAAGAUGUCGACCGAUUGGUGGGAGGGCUGCUUCAACGGCAAGGAGGGUCUGAUCCCGGACAAGUACAUCUCCCUCAAACACCCACCAGAUGACAAGAAGAGCCACUCUGAUGACGAUCGUUCCAUUUCCCUGUCGUCGCUCCCAGCGCGGAAGCAGCCGAGUGUUGGAGAAGACUUCACCCUGGAGAAAUCAGUAUCCCAGCCCAACAUAUCCAUCAAAGACAUGUCAUCAUCUGCUGGGAUGAGCCCCGCCCCCUCUCCCCAGACAACGCCCCGCUCAUCUAACACACCCUCAACCCAGGACCCUGCCCCAGCAGGCGUAUGUGAGAGCACGCCAAUCCUGUCCAUAACCCCGGACGGGCGCCUGGAGAUGAAACGUCAGCUGUCCACGCCCGAUCCCAUCACAGAGGAGAUGAGUGCAGAUAUAGACAAUGCUUUGGCCGAGGUUGUAUCAGGACUGAAGUCUUUGGAGAUGCAGCAACGUGGUGACAAACGCAUGAGUCUGCCACUUACAAAGCAGAAAGCCACACCCAAGCACACUCCUGAUCUGGUGCUUGACCUUCCUGAGGGGUCAAACUCCUCUCCCCAGGAAGGCAGUGGUCCUGACAGUCCCACCAACACAGUUGCCGACAGGUUUGCCCAGUCCAACCAGGGUACGCUCAAAAAAGCGAGCUCCAUGCCCCGUAACAUCAACCCUCCGACUGUCAGCGUUGGCGGUGUCAUGAGUUCUAGUGUAACAAGUAGUCACGGAGAACCAAUAACCUUUGACCCCUCAUAUCUGACAGAGCAGCCUGUGUUCUCUACAUUUGCACAAGGGCGUAGAGGUGUGAACCCUAACCGUUCCAAAAGUCUGACUGACCGUGGGCCUUUGGAUCUCAGUGUCUCUAACAAACAGGCCCCGGUGCCAGUCCUGCCCCCUGUACCAGUGCUUCCUCUUUCCCACAGCAUUCCCUCCGUUGGGGGUGUGACUCCACCCCCUGUGGCAGACAAACCCAAACCCCCCAUCAAAGUAAAGCCCCCCGUGAUGAAGAAGCCCACACGGUCCCCUGAGGUUCAGCGCCGUUUCCCUCCCCCUGCCCCCACACCACAGGACUGAGUCUUCCAGUGAGUUAGUGAUGAAUAACUGUGGACCUAUGUCAAAAGUAGUAUAGCUGCAUAGCCAGUGCGCUGGAAGUUAUGCUGCUUCAGCAGUGCUCAGGACGUUAUGCUGCUUCAACAGUAAGCCUGCAAUGCCUGUUGUAUUAUAAGUGGGACCCCCACACAUGCUGGUAUAUAGUAGUUUAUGCUCCAGUGUGUGUGAGGAGCCAUGUACUCUGUUCCUCGGUACAACUGUACUAGACUCUGUGAACAUGGAUAAGUGAUCUGACAUUUUUAUUUAGGAAAUUAUUACAGAAUUUUUAUAUAUAUACACAUUAUUGAAUGAAAUCAGCAUGUACUCUUAUGAUUUUGUGAUGCCAAAUCUGUCCUAAUAUGGAAAGAUGCAUAAUAUUUGUAUGAUUUUAUAACGGCAUUGCUUUACCCUAACCUUGGACUGUGCCUGUCCCAGUGUUUUGUGUGGAGGCGAGUGAUGACACCAGAAGGAUUCGUGUUUUUGUACCAGGUUGUCUUCAGUGACAACAUGCUAUUCUGGUCUGUGUCGUAGCUAACAUUACUGUGCAAUAUGAAGAUUUUAUUUCUCGUUCGCUGCUUUAAACAAUGUUACUAGGUGAUUCGCUGUGAAACUGAGUAAUGUGCUGGGUUACUGUUUGAUAAAUUGUGUAAUUUAGUGACAUGCUGUGUUACUAGUUCCUAAGUGAUACACUUGAUUUACUGCUUUAACCAAAGUUACUGGGUGUUAUGCUGUGUGUUACUUAUUGAUACAUGUUACUUAGCAGUACACUGUGUUACUGUGUGAUACACUGUGUUACUGGGUGAUGCACUGUGUUACUGUGUGAUACACUGUGUUACUAUGUGAUACACUGUGUUACUGGGUGAUACACUGUUACUGGGUGAUAUACUGUGUUACUAUGUGAUACACUGUGUUACUAUGUGAUACACUCUGUUACUAUGUGAUACACUGUGUUACUAUGUGAUUCACUGUGUUACUGGGUGAUACACUGUUACUGGGUGAUAUACUGUGUUACUAUGUGAUACACUGUGUUCCUAUGUGAUACACUGUGUUACUGGGUGAUACACUCUGUUACUAUGUGAUACACUGUGUUACUAUGUGAUUCACUGUGUUACUGGGUGAUACACUGUUACUGGGUGAUAUACUGUGUUACUAUGUGAUCCACUGUGUUACUAUGUGAUACACUGUGUUACUAUGCGAUACACUGUGUUACUAUGUGAUACACUGUGUUACUGGGUGAUACACUGUGUUACUAUGUGAUACACUGUUACUGGGUGAUGCACUCUGUUACUAUGUGAUACACUGUGUUACUGGGUGAUACACUGUGUUACUAUGUGAUACACUGUUACUAUGUGAUACACUGUGUUACUAUGUGAUACACUCUGUUACUAUGUGAUACACUGUGUUACUGGGUGAUACACUGUGUUACUAUGUGAUACACUGUGUUACUGGGUGAUACACUGUGUUACUGGGUGAUACACUGUGUUACUGUGUGAUACACUGUGUUACUAUGUGAUGCACUGUGUUACUAUGUGAUACACUGUGUUACUGGGUGAUACACUGUGUUACUAAGUGAUACACUUUGUUACUGGGUGAUACACUGUGAACUACUCUUUAUAUAUUUGGGGUUUUAUUGGGGACCUGAGAGAUUUGGAAUCAGGUUGCUGAAAAGGGAUUGUGAGGAUUGUACUGUAUUUCAUGAAUAUGAACUGACUCAGCAGAAAAAUCCUCAGCAAAGGACAGGAAAUGUUAAGUUAAUGUAACAUGGCCUAAACUAUGAGGAUAGCUGUGUCUAUGUAACGAUUAUAGUGCAUUUUAGAGGUUUUGAACAAAUGUGCCAAAAUAUUUGACAUGAAAACAGGUCAACUUGUCAAAAUAACCAAAUACAGUAUAAAGUAGAGGUCACAGCAAGGGCCACAACUCUUGAUAACACUAUAAUCCCAUACAUUAGUAUGUGUUCUCAUUUAUUAAAAGGGGAGAGGGUAAAAUGAGCAGAGCUGUCAUUAACUUAUCAUUGAUAGUAGAGUUCAGUAUAUAAAAGGGUCCAACAAAACAUUAAGGAUACUUAUAAAUGUAGUUAUAACCUUUAUAUACCCUGGUAGCUCCAUUUUCUCAGUCGUCCUCAACUCGGAAGACAAAACUAACUCAAAUUGUAUUGGAUGUUUGUAUUUGUAACAUGAUUUAUUUCUGUCAUUGUAUUGCCAACACCAAAAACUUUCAUAAAAAUGAGAUCCUCAAGUUAGGAACUGCUCCAUGAUGUAGAUGAUUGUGACACUAGAUGUCUACCUAAAGGUGUCUUUAAGAUGGCGAAGUAGCGGUGCUUCUUCUUCUUCCAAUAAUCUGCAUACCACAUGUGGCAUAUUAUCACAGGUGAGAAUAUAAAUAUUUUGGAGGUUUUACAAAUGGUUAAGUACUGUUGGUAUGGGGUUUAUAGGCAGUCAUAUGUAUGUAUAAUUGACAGUAAAAGAGAUUGCAGACAAUAACUAUUGUAUCACAGUAUUUAAGUAAGAUUGUACAUGUACUCUUCCAGAGCAGUGUGGUACUGUGGAUGUAUAUCAAGCAUUAUGGAGUUAUUUAGGUAGGUACUAAUUGUCUAAGUUAUAACCCACAGGGACAUGCCCAACUCCUGCAUUAACCCAUAUACUACGACCUAGUAAGAUAACAGGAUAUUAAUACUUAAAUGAUUUUCAUAUUGCAAUUUUUUCUCCAAAAAUUCUACAAUCACUUUUCUGUUUUUUCUUCUUUCAAUUGUCCCUUGGAUGUGUAUGUUAUUCAUUCUUGACCCGAGUCUUUAAAAAAGUGCAGCUACACAUUUCAAGAAAAUGUGUAGUCAUGGAGACAGGAUUAUCAUUAUUAUUAUUAAAAGAAGAUAUACAUGUGUCAGUAUCUAUUAUAAAAAAAAAAUGUUAAUUGGAAAUUAUUGGGAAACAAAAUUUUGAUUAAUCCGUUUUGUAUUGGUUGUGAUUUUGUAAAUCGAUUCAAACUGUUUGUCAAAAUUUGAGGUUUCUUUAAUUAUACUGGAUAAACAUCAAUAUUGGGUUGUAGACGGGCGGCCUGGCUACUCUACAACAUCCUACUGUAAGAUUUCCCACUAAAAAGGAAAUAUAAUUAGCGUUGAUCCAUUGCCGGGUUGAGUUAGCCUGGCUGCCCUGUACCUGAGGAGUGUAUUGUGUAUGUGUUUUAUCUCUAUACAGUUUCAAUAUUAUUUGAAGAAACUUAACCAAGGUGCUUAUAUCAUCAUCUACCAUGUAUAUUGUUUGUCUUUAGUGUUUUAAUCAGGUUUCAUAUGACUUGAAUUGGAUGUUUGAAGUACGGGAACAAUUUACAUCUGUGUAAGUACAAUCAGAUACAUGUAAGACUGCAGAUAAUCGAAUUAGCUAACACACCGACUCGUUAAAUUACCAAAGCAGAACAUUCUUAGGGAGCUUUUCAAUGUACAAAUGAUCAGAAAUUUCAUCAAUGUAAAAACUAUCACAAAAUUCAUCAAUAUGAAAACUAUUACUAUGAGAGCAGGUUCUGUGUAGUAGACACUUGUGUAUGUAGUAAUACAUGGAUGUGUGGGUGUAUGUUUAUGUGUGUGGGUGUGUGUGUAUGUAAGUAGUUUGUAUUGAGUCUAUGUAGGUGUCUUUUCAUUAUAACUGAACUAAGUGGAUGUUAGAGUAAGGGCUUGCUUGUCUCUACACACUGUUAAAUUAGUUUGUUUUAAAGUGCGAUACAGUGUUUACAAUACAGGAACAUGUCUGGGAAUGCACUGUAAUAUAUACGGUAAUCUAUUCAGAUUGUAAUAUGAUUCAGUGUAUCAGUAUUUUACCAACACUGUAAUACUUUGUAUUGUACAAUGAUACAUUGUAUCAAUACUUUACUACAUCAUUGGAUGAAGCUGUGUAUGAUGUAUGAAUUUUUGGUACAAUGUACUAUUCUAGGAUACAUUGUUGUAUGAUACAGUAUAAGACUAUACUAUAUAAUACUGUAUGAUACA